UAUCUUCACUACUCUGUGGUAGGUACUAAAAUCUACUCUGUUGUACAGACAACUUAGACUAAGUAAUUUUUCUAAAAUCAUACAAGUUUGGAGGGGGCCAGGAUUUGAGGUCCAUCCUAGCACUUAAACAUAUAUUUCUUGUAAAGAAGUUUAAACGUCUUCUGCAGGCACUCAUUGAGAAGCACUGAAAGAAUCUGGACCUGGAAUGUGAUGAUGAGGAACAGCAAAUGGAUUUCUCAUGGAAGUGUGUGUUGAUUCAGUGGAGUCGGCUGUAAAUGCAGAAAGAGGAGGUGCUAGUCGGAUUGAAUUAUGUUCUGGCUUAUUGGAAGGAGGAACCACACCCAGCAUGGGUGUCCUUCAAGUAGUGAAGCAAUGUGUCCAGAUCCCAGUUUUUGUGAUGAUUCGGCCACGCGGAGGUGAUUUUUUAUAUUCAGAUCGUGAAGUUGAGGUGAUGAAGGCUGACAUUCGUCUUGCCAAGCUUUAUGGUGCUGAUGGUUUGGUAUUUGGGGCAUUGACUGAAGAUGGACACAUUGACAAAGAGCUGUGCACGUCGCUUGUGGCUCUGUGCCGUCCUCUGCCCGUCACUUUCCACCGAGCCUUUGACAUGGUUCACGACCCAGUGGCAGCGCUAGAGACUCUGUUAACCUUGGGAUUUGAGCGCGUAUUGACCAGUGGCUGUGACAGUUCAGCGCUAGAAGGGCUGCCUCUAAUAAAGCGACUCAUAGAUCAGGCAAAAGGCAGGAUUGUGGUAAUGCCAGGGGGUGGCAUAACAGACAGAAAUCUACAAAGAAUCCUUGAGGGUUCUGGUGCUACAGAAUUCCACUGUUCUGCUCGGUCUGCUAGAGAUUCAGGAAUGAAGUUUCGAAAUCCCUCUGUUGCCAUGGGAGCCUCUCUUUGUACCUCAGAAUAUUCUCGAAAGGUAACAGAUGUGACCCAAGUAAGGACUUUGAAUGCUAUUGCAAAGAAUAGUCUGAUUUAGCCAGACAUCUCUGAGAGACAUGGAUAUCACAGGAUGAAGGCAGAAGAAUAGUUCACAAUUCUCUAUAACACUGCUUUAACCUUCUUCUCUGGCCAGGACAGUCACGGUGUUUGCUUUAAGUCUCACAUGGUCAUGGAAAAUGUUUCCAAGAAGAAAACCUGAAACAAAGCUAAAAUCACUCCCUGUGCCUAAUCUUGCCAACCAUCUUCAUUGUCAUGUUUCAUCUGGUCUAUGUUUCUUCCAUGGACAGAAGUUUAGCCUGUUUUCAUUGGAAUUAAUUGAUGAACUGAGAAAAUUCAAUUGCAAGAUAUGAAUUUAGAGUGUGACUUUAGGUACAGUUUCAUAGCAGUAUUUUGCAUUUUCUUUUAUAAAAUAAAAAUGUCUAUACUGUUACA